AUGUAUUGGUAUAUAUUUUUUGCCGCAGUAACCAUAUUAUUUUGUUUAAUUGGGCUGGCAUUGGAAAGCAUCGCCAAGUAUUACGCCUUCGGUAGGGCUUUGCGUGAUUUCCCUGGACCGCCUGCUAGUUGGGUGAAUGGCAAUCUCAACUGUUUACAUGGUACAGACGAACAGACCAUUGAUGACUUACAUCAACUAGCUAAAGAAUUUCCGAAAUGUUAUCGAUUCUGGUUAGGUCCGUUUCGACCAACGAUGCAAUGCAUACAUCCUGAUAUUAUUAAAGCAGUCCUAAGUGCAUCACAAGACAAAGACGGCAUUUUUGUCAGCUACUUGAAGCCUUGGCUUGGCAAUGGAUUACUGACAGAAAAUGGACAAAAAUGGCAGCAAAAGCGGCGCCUUAUUGGCGGAGCCUUCAAUUUAACCUUUUUAUCCAAGAGUGCACCUGUUAUACACGAUUGCGUUAAGAUUAUGACAGAUCAUUGGAAUGUGUAUAGUCGCAUGAAACGUACAUUUGAUAUGUAUGGCGAUAUCAAAAUGCUAUCUUUCGAUAUUAUCAUGCGUUGCGCUUUCUCCGGUCGCUAUGCAUGUCAGGUAGUGGAAGGUAAACAUCCAUUCGUUAAAGCCUUCGAAAAAAUGAGCUCUCUUGUUCACGAACGCAUACUAAAUCCAUCUAUCACCAAUGAAUGGCUAUAUUGGAUGACACGAAAUGGUCGAGAAUUUUAUUCCGUAUGUGAUCUUGUUCACAAAUAUACUGAAGAUGCAAUCCAUGAACGCCAAAAAGAAAUGAGAAGGAAUGAUAAAUCGCAAGACCGUAGUUAUAAGAACGAUUUUUUAGAUAUCUUAUUGUCUGUCAAAGAUAGCGAUGGUCAAAAACUAUUAGUAAAUGAUAUCAGGGAUGAAAUUAAUUCUUUUAUUUUUUCCGGUUAUGAUACGCUAUCCAAUGGAAUUACCUGGUCGUUGUACUGUCUUGGGAAACAUCGAAGCCAUCAAAGGAAAGUUCGCGAUGAGGUCAAUGCUUACUUACAACAUCUGAAUAAGCUAGAAUGGGAAGACAUCACAUCCUUGAAGUAUACUAUCAUGUGCGUUAAGGAGGCGCUUCGUCUUUAUCCACCUGUGCCAUUUUUAAGUGGUCGUUGCCUCGAUAAAGAUAUCAAAAUUGAAGAUGUAAAAUUGCCAACUGGUUGUCCUGUUGAAGUUCCAGUAAUAUCCGUUCAUCAUCAAGCGGAAUGGUGGCCGGACCCAAUGACUUACGAUCCGCUACGUUUUACACCGGAGAAAAUAAGAGAUAGGCACCCAUUUGCUUACCUGCCUUUCUCAGCUGGCUCCAGGAAAUGCCUUGGACAGAUAUUUGCAAUGGGUGUUGUUACAUUGGUGGUAGCCAAGAUUAUUCAACGCUACGAUAUUCGUCUAGUUGCAAAUCGUGCUGUUAAGCAAAGAGUUGGCCUAGUAUUACAGCCAAAAAACGGAGUAUGGAUUGAAAUAGUGGAAAGGAAUGGCACGGGUAUCCGUCAAAGCGGGAGUAGCCGAAGAUUAAGUAAAGUAACCUCAGUUUAA